AUGUCGCUGAAGGAGAUUGCUCGUGAGGCCAAGGACGCGUUCUCUUCUAUCCAGGCUCUUUCCUCGGAGGAAAGAGACGAAGCUCUUCAGCUUAUUUUUGAUGAAUUGAAGACUGCAAAAAAUCAGGUCCUUGAGGCCAACACCCUUGAUAUGGAGGCCGCUGAGAAACUGCUUGCUGAAGGAAAAAUGAGCAAGUCUAUGUGUAAACGAUUGGACUUGCGUGUAUCAGAGAAAUACGAGUCUAUGAUGCAGGGUGUUUUGGACGUGAAAAAUUUGCCCGAUCCUUUAGGUCACAUCAGUUACGCUAACAAGAUUGACGACGGCUUGGAAUUAUACCGUGUUUCUUGUGCUGUCGGUGUUCUUUUGGUCAUUUUUGAAGCCCGUCCCGAGGUAGUUGUGAACAUUACUUCUCUCGCCAUCAAGUCUGGAAAUGCUGUCAUUCUUAAGGGCGGUAAAGAGUCUACACAUUCCUUUGACGCAUUGUCAAAUGUAAUUCGUAAGGCCUUGUCGAAAUCAAAGGUCCCACUUGAUGCUGUCCAACUUGUUCAUAGCCGUGAUGAAGUUUCGCAAUUGCUGCAACUUGAUGAGUACAUUGACCUUGUUAUCCCUCGCGGCAGUGAUACGUUGGUGAAGAACAUUAAAAACAAUACAAAGAUCCCCGUUCUUGGUCAUUCCAAGGGCCUUUGCUCUGUGUAUGUACACGAGGAUGCUGAUUUAGACCAAGCUGUCAAAUUGGUUUGGGACAGUAAGACCAACUACCCUGCUGCUUGCAAUGCUGUGGAAACUGUGCUCAUCAACCAAUCCGUGCUCGAGUCUCACUUUCCUGCUAUUACCAAGAAGCUCAUCGAUUCGGGUGUGGAAGUUCGCUGCGAUGAUGCCUCGUACGCCGUUGCUGCUAAGGCUUUGCCAGAAGCUGUCGCUUCCGGAAAGCUGAAACACUCCGUUGUUGAAGACUAUGACACUGAAUUUUCCGACCUCAUCUUGUGUGUUAAGGUUGUUAAUUCGUUGAGUGAGGCCAUUCAACACAUUAACCUCCACGGUUCCAAACACACUGACUGCAUCAUUACUACGAACGAAGCUGCUGCUAAGCGUUUCAUGACCGGUGUCGAUGCUGCCGGUGUGUACUGGAAUGCUUCAACACGUUUCGCCGACGGUUUCCGUUAUGGUUUUGGUACCGAGGUUGGAAUUAGCACCAACAAAAUCCAUGCCCGUGGUCCCAUGGGUUUGGAGGGUCUUACUAUCUACAAGUACAUGCUUCGUGGACACGGCCAAAUUGUUGGUGAUUACGGCGUUGGUCCCGGCAAGCGUUCUUUUAAACACGAACCGCUUCCUGCCAAGCAUGUUUCGGAACUUUGA